AUGGCUGUUGCAAGGUUAUUUUAUGAUUCUUACAUCCCAAUUAAUGUUAUUAAUUCAAUUUAUUUUCAACCUAUGGUGGAUGCUAUAACUGCAAUUUGUCCUGGGUAUAAAAUCCCAACAUAUAAUAAUUUGUGUGUAAAUUUAUUGAGGGAUGCUAGGAAAGAAGUGCAGUUACUUGUUGAUGGUUACAAGAAAACUUGGGAAGAUGUUGGAUGUACUUUAAUGACUGAUGGUUGGACAGAUAAUUCACAUAGGUCGCUGAUUAAUUUUCUAGUGUACUGUCCUAAAGGAGUGUGUUUUGUGAAAUCAGUGGAUGCUUCAGAUGUUGUAAAAGAUGCUACAACAUUGUUCAACUUGUUUGAGGAAAUAGCUUUAUGGGUCGGACCAAACAAUAUUGUCCAUCUUGUCACUGACAAUGGAGCAAAUUAUAAAGCUGCUAGAAGAAUGUUGUCUGAAAAAUAUAGCAGCAUUACUUGGUCUCCUUGUGUAGCACAUUGCAUUAAUUUGAUGUUGAAAGACAUAGCUAAGAUGAGUCACAUAGUUAACCUUUCGAAACGUGCAUCUGAGGUUACAAAUAUAAUUACCAAAGUUGUGAGUCCACUGAUGCGUAUGCUCCGAAUUGUAGACUCAGAUGAGAGGCCUUCAAUAGGAUAUGUGUAUGAUGGCAUGUACAGAACGAGGAUGGAGAUCAAGAAGCUGUUUAAGAAUAAGAAAAGUUUGUAUAAGCCUUAUACAACAAUUAUUAAGAUGCGUUGGGAUAGGAUGUUGCGUCGUGAUAUCCAUGCAACAGCAUAUUAUUUGAAUCCUGCUUUUAAAUAUGACGGUGAUACUUUUUCCAAAAAACCUGAGGUCAUGAGUCGUUACAAGAAAAUUACUUAUAAUCUUGUUGAUUAUGAGAGUAUUGAUAAAACUGAAUGGUGGAUGGUUGAUGAGGAAGAGGAGGUUGGUGAGCUUAAUUAUGAUGAAUUGGAACAAUCAUUAUAUGGAGAAGGAGUUAUUCCUAUAGAUGGUGGUGAUCACCCUUCUUAUUAUGACUCAACUGAUGCUUCAGAAGAUGAUAUUGCCGAUGUUACUAAUGAUGACGAUCAUCUAUGGGAUGAUGUGUGA